AUGACUACCGGCGUCUUUCACUACAUCGAUCCGACAUCAAGCGUUGAUGCCAGCGGCAACAGAGUCAAGCCCUGGGCAAAGGUCGACGUUGACCAAACUUCAUUUCAGCGCAAGCUUGUCAAGCGCGAAGUAGUCGAUAUUCGCAACGCAGCCAGUCUCAAAGCUUUUGAUGUUGAUCUCUCUGGGUUCGACGUUUUCAAGUCACCCGCCAAGGAAACCGAGUUCACCGAUGAUUCGGCCGUGAGGAACGGUUACUACGGCGAGGUUGACGCGCUUCUGAAGGAGAGGAUCCCGGGUAUCAAGAAAAUCGUCAUUUUUGAUCACACGAUUCGCCGACGAGAAAAGAGCAGCCCAAGACAGCCAGUACAACAAGUCCACGUUGAUCAAACGCCCGGCGCGGCUGAAGCCCGUGUCCGACGGCACGCCGACCCAUCCGAGGCAGAGGAGCUUCUCAAAGGCCGCUACCAAAUCAUCAACGUCUGGCGACCCAUCGGCCACCCCGCUACCGACUUUCCUCUCGCUGUGAUUGACUACCGAAGCACCAAGCCAGAGGACAUGAUCAAGGUCGAUCUUCUGUACCCCAACCGUAAUGACAACGAUGACGAUGACCGUGGAAAGGAGGUCUUGCCUGAUGAAGCGACCCUGAGAUCUACAGAGGGAUACACUGUCAAAGGGGAGACCUAUUCAGUUGCAGCAAACGAUGAGCACAGGCUGUACUACGCCAAGGAUAUGACACCUGACGAGGUUAUGCUGAUCAAGUGCUUUGACUCCAAGAGUGAAGUUCAUGAGGGAGGCCAGCAUGGUAUCGCUGGAUAUACACCUCAUACUGCGUUUGUGGACCCUGAUACACCGGAAGAUGCUCCUGGACGACAGAGCAUCGAGGUUCGUUGCUUGGUCUUCUACUAA